CGAGCGCUAUAAAAGAGUCCGGCAGAAACACUGGACACGAGCUGAAGCGACACAUCGCAGAAGAGAAGCGAGAGCACCAGCAGAAGAGCCCGAGACUCCAGCACAGUGAGAGAGAGGAAUGGACGCCCCAGCACCCGUUGAGAAGAGAGGGCCGCCAAAGUUCAAGCAGAGGACCACUCGCACCUUCAAGAGCAAGGCUCCUAAACCUGGCCAGAAAGGCUUCGGAGACGACAUCCCUGGGAUGGAGGGUCUCGGCACAGACAUCACUGUGGUUUGCCCCUGGGAAGCUUUCGGUGACAUGGAGCUCAGCGAUCUGGCCAAAUACGGCAUUUUGUAGAAACUUUCCUCCUGAUCACGUAAUAUUACUCACAGCAAGACUGAACCAGC